CUUUUAUUCCAGUAAAUGUAGCCUGUACUGUAAUCCCAGUAAACCCGACCGGAAGUUGACGUUCCUGGGCCGGAAGUCGUCAGUGUGUUUGUUGCUAGUGGGGACCUGUUGUGUUGUGAAAAUGGCGACGCCUCGUCGCUCCUCUCAGCAGCAGCAGCAGACAACAAACUCCCUGCUGUCCUCUCCGCCUCGCAGCUCCUCUCUCCCCGUCGGCAGCCCUCCUGGCUCUCCGCCGACACCCGCCGACGAUGCCCCCUUACCUCCCCGCGGAGCCGCGAUGGAGCAGGCUGACGGUGAGGCAGCCCCAGCCUCUCCCACCACCUCCCCAGCUCUGGCCCUCUCCACCGCCGCCAGCAGCAGCACUAGCAGUAGCGCUAGCUCUCCGACCACCACCACCCCCGAGGGGAGUAGCGGGACCAGCCCCGGCUCUACGCCCGACUCGGGCAGCGGUGACGCGGCCAGCAGCAGUAGCAGCAGCGGGGGAGGUGGUGGUGGUGCAAACGGGGCGUUCAGGGAGCUGUUUGAAGCCUGUCGAAACGGGGAUGUUUCCAGAGUGAAGAAACUCGUGGACGCGCUGAAUGUGAACGCAAAAGACAUGGCAGGACGCAAAUCCACACCUCUGCACUUCGCUGCAGGUUUUGGGCGGAGAGAUGUGGUGGACCACCUGCUUCAGACAGGCGCUAACGUGCACGCACGGGAUGACGGGGGUCUGAUCCCGCUUCACAACGCCUGCUCGUUUGGUCACUCCGAGGUGGUGUCCUUGCUGCUGUGUCAGGGGGCCGACCCAAACGCUCGAGACAACUGGAACUACACGCCACUCCACGAAGCUGCCAUCAAGGGCAAGAUAGACGUCUGUAUAGUGUUACUGCAGCAUGGAGCCGACCCCAACAUCCGCAACACCGACGGCAAGUCUGCCCUGGAUCUGGCUGAACCCUCCGCCAAGGCCGUGCUCACAGGUGAAUACAAGAAGGAUGAGCUGCUGGAGGCUGCGAGGAGUGGAAACGAGGAGAAGCUAAUGGCCUUGCUCACGCCGCUCAACGUCAACUGCCACGCAAGCGACGGCCGCAAGGCUGCGGUCGGGAUGCUGAGGCAGGAAAAGCCAACACUAGGAUCAGCAGUGAUUCAUGGAGAGACCUUCGUCCGGUCAGCUAACAUUACUGCCAAGCAGUCCACUCCACUCCACCUGGCAGCCGGAUACAACAGGGUGAGGAUAGUUCAGCUGUUACUACAGCACGGAGCAGAUGUUCACGCCAAGGACAAGGGUGGUUUGGUGCCUCUACAUAAUGCCUGUUCUUAUGGACACUAUGAAGUUACUGAGCUGCUGCUAAAGCACGGAGCGUGUGUGAACGCCAUGGAUCUGUGGCAGUUCACCCCGCUCCACGAAGCGGCGUCUAAAAACAGAGUGGAGGUCUGCUCUCUGCUGCUGAGCCACGGCGCUGACCCGACCCUGCUCAACUGCCACAGCAAGAGCUCCGUGGACAUGGCGCCCACUCCUGAGCUGAAGGAGAGACUUACAUAUGAGUUCAAGGGCCACUCGCUGCUUCAAGCUGCUCGCGAAGCCGAUAUGGCCAAGGCUAAGAAAACCCUGGCACUGGAGAUCAUCAACUUCAAACACCCUCACACACACGAGACUGCGCUGCAUUGUGCGGUAGCAUCGCCGCACCCCAAGAGGAAGCAGGUGACGGAGCUGCUGUUGAGGAAAGGCGCCAACGUAAAUGAGAAGAAUAAAGAUUUCAUGACUCCUCUCCAUGUGGCGGCAGAACGUGCUCAUAAUGACAUCAUGGAGGUGCUACAGAAACAUGGUGCCAAGGUGAACGCUGUGGACACGUUGGGUCAGACGGCGUUGCACCGCGCGGCGAUGGCAGGCCACCUCCAGACCUGCAGGCUGUUGCUAGGAUACGGGGCAGACGCCUCGCUGGUGUCCCUGCAGGGCUUCACUGCCUCUCAAAUGGGAAAUGAAGCUGUUCAGCAAAUACUCAACGAGAACGUCCCGGUGAGAAACUCCGAUGUGGACUACAGACUUCUGGAAGCUGCUAAAGCCGGAGACCUGGACACUGUCAAGUCGUUGUGUACGGCUCAGAAUGUGAACUGCAGAGAUCUGGAGGGAAGACACUCCACUCCCCUUCACUUUGCUGCCGGCUACAACAGAGUGGCAGUGGUGGAGUACCUGCUGCACCACGGGGCCGACGUGCACGCCAAGGACAAAGGUGGACUGGUUCCGCUCCAUAACGCCUGUUCGUACGGUCACUACGAGGUGGCAGAGCUGCUGGUCAGACACGGAGCCUCAGUCAACGUGGCCGACUUGUGGAAGUUCACGCCGCUCCACGAAGCCGCCGCCAAGGGCAAAUACGAGAUCUGCAAACUGCUGCUCAAGCACGGCGCGGAUCCCACCAAGAAGAACCGAGACGGGAACACGCCUCUGGACCUGGUGAAGGACGGGGACACCGACAUCCAGGACCUGCUGAGAGGAGACGCCGCGUUGCUGGACGCCGCUAAGAAAGGCUGCCUGGCAAGGGUGCAGAAGUUAUGUAGCCCCGACAACAUCAACUGUCGGGAUACACAGGGACGUAACUCAACACCUCUGCACCUUGCAGCCGGCUACAACAACUUGGAGGUAGCAGAGUAUCUGUUGGAACAUGGAGCCGAUGUGAAUGCACAGGACAAAGGAGGGCUGAUACCUUUACACAAUGCUGCUUCAUACGGGCACGUGGACAUAGCCGCCCUGCUGAUCAAGUACAACACGUGCGUCAACGCCACGGACAAGUGGGCGUUCACUCCCCUCCACGAAGCGGCCCAGAAGGGGAGGACUCAGCUCUGUGCGCUGCUAUUGGCCCACGGAGCCGAUCCCACCAUGAAGAACCAAGAGGGACAGACGCCGCUGGACUUGGCGACGGCUGACGACAUCAGAGCAUUGUUGAUUGACGCCAUGCCGCCAGAUGCCCUGCCAAGCUGUUUAAAACCCCAGGCCACUGUGGUGAGUGCAAGUGUGGUGAGUACAGGUGCAGCAGGGGGCGUGGUCAUCUCUCCGUCUCCAUCCCCGUCCUGCCUGUCUGCAGCCAGCAGCAUAGACAACCUGACCACGCCCCUCGGUGACAUCACUGUGGGCGGGGCCACCGGUCCAGCAGACGGAGCAUCUGGGUCCGACAGGAAGGAAGGAGAGAGUACGUACACUCUGCUCGACAUGACUAUCAACCAGUUCUUGAAGAGUCUAGGGCUGGAACACCUCCGAGACACCUUCCAGCGGGAACAGAUCUCGCUGGAUGUGUUGGCAGACAUGGGUCACGAGGAGCUGAAGGAGAUCGGCAUCAACGCUUACGGUCACAGACACAAACUCAUCAAGGGCAUCGAGAGGCUGCUGGGAGGCCAGCAAGGUGGAAACCCGUACCUGUCGUUCCACUGCUCCAGCCAGGGCACCGUGCUGAUCGACCUGGCAACGGACGACAAGGAGUUCCAGUCUGUGGAGGAGGAACUACAGAGCACUAUCAGAGAACACCGCGACGGAGGCAACGCAGGUGGAGUCUUCAGCCGGUACAACAUCAUUAAGAUUCAGAAGGUGGUGAAUAAGAAGCUACGGGAGAGAUAUUCGCACAGACAAAAGGAAAUAGCAGACGAGAAUCACAACCAUCACAACGAGCGAAUGCUCUUUCACGGUUCUCCCUUCAUCAAUGCCAUCAUCCACAAGGGCUUUGACGAGCGACAUGCCUACAUCGGCGGCAUGUUUGGCGCCGGGAUCUAUUUUGCCGAGAACUCCUCCAAAAGCAACCAGUACGUGUAUGGGAUUGGUGGAGGCACAGGAUGUCCCACCCACAAAGACCGCUCCUGCUACGUGUGCCACAGGCAGAUGCUCUUCUGCAGAGUGACGCUGGGGAAGUCGUUUCUUCAGUUUAGUGCGAUGAAAAUGGCCCACGCCCCCCCUGGACACCACUCGGUUAUAGGACGACCCAGUGUCAACGGACUGGCGUAUGCAGAGUACGUCAUCUACAGAGGGGAGCAGGCUUACCCAGAAUACUUAAUCACUUACCAGAUUGUGAAGCCGGAGAUUCUGGCCACGCCUGCAGCCACCUCCGAGCAGAAGUCCUAAAACGCGAUCACAGUUGGAUCCGAAGAAGGCCAGACUGCAAUGGACUAGCGCCACUCUCUGAGAGGACACGAACUGGAGGGUGUCUCGAACCUCAGAUCCCAAAUUAAAGUCUCCAGAGCUGAACUUGGCGUGGGUGAGGUGAAGCGUCGACCAGGCAGUAGUCAGACGACCCUCGGAAACAGACCUGGAAGUGUAGAAACAGGAGAAAAAAAGGAAAAUUAGUAUCGGGGUGUGAUAUAUGCUCAGUCCAAAAGCAGCGGACAGCAAAAUCUAUCUGAUUCUUUAAUUAAUUGGGUCUAAUUUUGCAGGAGAAAAUGCAAAUGGUUUGAUCAACAUUUCUGGAAGUG